AUGAGUGAGUUCAAAAGGUUAAAAACAUCGGAAGAGAUACUGGAGUUUUUAGAUAAUGUAGACGUGAGUGAUGAUGAACCCACUGAUAUUAUUAUAAUUCCCCCAGAUGUUGAUUGUCUCACUGAUGAGGAAAAUGUAGACGAUAAUGCAAUUGUAAUAAAUGACGAUACAAAUGUACUCAGUAGUGACAUAUGUGCAAAUCCCGUGUAUUCAUCAUUUCCCGAAAACGCCGAAAAAGAAAAUAUAAAAAACCUAAUUGAGACUUAUGAAGGAAUUGAUCCACUCAAAUGUUUUUCUUUAUUUUUCGACGACACAGUCUUGCAAUUAAUUAUUGAUUUCAGUAUGAAAUACGCGAAAGAUCAAAAUAGACACGAUUUUUUUAUUGAAAAGUCUGAACUUUUAAAAUUCCUAGGGAUUAUGAUACUAACAGGAUACCAUACUUUACCCCAAAUGGACUGCUACUGGAGUAAAGAUGAAGAUAAAGAAGUAACUUUAGUAAGAAAUACAAUGUCGAGAAAUAAAUUUCGUUCCAUAAAAAAAAAUUUGCAUUUAGCUGAUAAUCAUAAUCUCAACCCCUUAGAUAAAUUUUCAAAAUUGCGUCCUUUUUUCGAUUUAUUGAAUCAAAAGUUUGUUCAGUUUGGUAUUUUUGCUCAUAAUUUGUCAAUAGACGAAGAAAUGGUACCAUACUUUGGUCGGCAUUCAUGUAAAAUGUUUAUUAGAGGAAAACCAGUUCGUUUUGGCUUCAAGUUAUGGUGUUUAGCUUCUGAAAAUGGUUACUUAUUUCAGUUUUCACCUUAUGGUGGUGCUAGUACCAAACGAAUAGAAGGUUUGCCAUUAGGCUCAGAAGUUGUAUUCAAUCUUUUGGAGUCUGUUGAAAAUCCAAACUUGCAUAAAGUAUUUUUCGAUAACUUUUUUACUAGUUAUUCUCUAAUGGCUAUGCUAAGAGAAAAAGGAUUCUUUGCGACAGGCACUGUGAGAGAAAAUCGCAUUGGUAAUUGUAAAUUAAAAUCUGUCAAACUGUUGGGAAAAGAAUGUAAAGGAACAUUUGACUUUGCUUUUGAAAAAAAAAAUGAAAUUUGCGCAGUUCGAUGGAAUGACAAUUCAGUUGUGACGGUCUUGACUAACGUUGGUGCAAUUAAUCCAUUAGUAAUCGCAAAACGUUAUAAUAGAAAAGAAAAAAAAACUGUCAAUGUCCAGCAACCUAACGUGAUUCAGGAUUACAAUAAAAACAUGGGUGGCGUUGAUCUGCAUGAUAAUGGUAUAGCAAAUUACAGGAUUAGAGUCAAAGGGAAAAAAUGGUGGUGGCCACUUUUUAGCAACGCAGUAGACAGUGCAGUGGUCAAUUCAUGGAAGUUUUAUAAUUUGGUAAAUGGUGAAAAAUGUUCACAAUUUGACUACAGAUCAAAACUUGUUUUGAGUUUGUUAAAAUCAUCAUCUAAAAAAUCAAAUGAAGAAACUAUCAAUGAGUCUGCAGUAUCCAUUACCAACACAAAUUUGGGUCGGCCUUCGAAAAAUGCUCUACCUACAGCUAUAAGAAAGGACGAUAUUGGUCAUCUCAUUAUUCGAAAAAAUGAAAGAAGAAGAUGUCAACUAUCUGAUAAACAGUUUAUUAAAAAAUUCCGCCUAAGUAAAGGGUUGGCUGGUGAACUCAUUGAAGUUUUAACGCCUUAUAUGUCUGAACCAACAAGAAAAUCGUCAAUUUCAAUAGAAAGAAAGGUUUUGACAGCAUUGCGAUUUUUUGCAAGUGGAUCUUAUCAACUUGAUAUAGGAGAUAACAGGUCUUCAGGCUUAAGCCAAGCUUCUGUGAGUCGAUGCAUAGCUGAGGUCACUGAUGCAAUGAAUAUAUCUGAUGUUGUCAAGCGUUAUAUCCAUUUUCCAGAUAGUUUUGAAAAACUUAAUACUAUCAGGAGAGGGUGA